UGAUCAACGGAACGUCCAGUUGCGAAUCGUCCGUCCGAAACCACAAGAAGAAAGUCGAUUACCGAACCAUGUUCUCCAAGUGGAUUUUGUUUGCUGCUCUCGCCUUUGUCGUCGUUCUGACUCACGCGGCGGAUGAGAUCGUCGAGGAUGACGAGCCAGACGCGGUCGACCGAAAUACCGUAACGACUUCCCAUUCCAGGCUGAACGUAGGUGAUAUUACGCUCCCGAAUGGACUAGUUACCCUGCUGGCGAACGGAGGAGCUGUCGCAGCUGGAAUCCUCGCUGUUGCUGCUAUCGCCAUGUUGUUAAUGCCCGCCUUUGGUCUGAGAAUGUGCUCCAUAUUCGGAAAUUGCGACAACCCUACUUACCAAGCUUACUCAGCCGCCCCAAACAGCGUCUACGCUGAUUACCCCGGCUACGCUCAAUCUGGCACUUACAACAACCCCGUUUAUCAAAAAAGGUCUUUGGAGUAUAUCGGCCCGAUUCUCAAGGCUCUCGGUAACGCUUACGAAAAAUACAGCAAACCAGCUAUAAUCAAGAAGGCGUAAAUUAUUUCAAACAGAGAAACUAUUAAUUCAGAAGUUCCUAAAAUUCAAUUUGGCUGAUUUAUUGCUUAUAUUAUUUAAAUAUCUAAAACAAAUUGUCUGAAUAAAGAAAACAAAAACUAUAAAA